GCUGAGCAAAGGGCGCGUGAAGAAAGUGAGAAGUUAAGACAACAAGAGCGUGAGCAGCGUGAUGAAAAGCUGAAAAGAGAUUUGACUCUUCGAGCACGUCUUGCUGCUAAAGCUGAGGAAAAGAGGUUGGAAUUGCUAUUUCUUCGGUGGAGUGAGCACCACAAAAAACUAGCCAAUUUUAUAAGGACCAAAGCCGAGCCUCCGAUCUUUUAUUCUUUUGCCAAACCAUUGGAAGAAGAUCCAAACUUAGUUGAGCAGAAAAAAGAUCAGAUAUUCCAAGAAUGGAAAGCUGCAAGGAGAGAGGAUUUGUCGCUAUACCAGAAACAAAUUGCUGAACAAUAUGUUGCAAAUGCUGAAGGGGAGUGGAAAAAUAUUUUGGAAAGGAGAGCCAACAGAAAUCCAGCAAACCUCCAAGAGACAAUGGACAAGGAGCUAGAGAGUCAUAGGCUUGAGAGUGGACCCAAGACUAGAAAGAUCCCUGGUGUUAGCAACAAUGAAGAUGAGGAUGUUGAGGAUAUCAAUGUUGCGGAGGACGAUAUGAUGGAUGAUGUGCUUGACCUGGAUGAUAAUAACCAGAGGAGUGAUGAAAUUGUAAAAGUUGAAGCAGGUAACGGUAGUACACAGAUUGAUAACAAUGAUCAGCCGAAGAUAUGAAUCUCUUAUCUCUUUAAAGGUUUAGUUUGUGUUUGGUUUUAUUUCCCUUUUGUUUGGCUUUUAUGGUAGUUAGUAUAUGUGUUGCGUGUCAUUCUGAUUUCGGUUUUGAGGAAUUGCCCUUAUUUAUAUUAAAACUUCCAAUUUUGUUGUACUA